CUCCGGUCGGUUUUGUUUUCGACUCUCCCUCUCAAUUCCGCCCCAUAUCGUUCUCGGGCGCGCAUCCCUCCCUACAUAUAUCUCUAGUCGGAGCCCCAACGCCAAACCGAAUUUAACUCUCUCUCUCUAUUCUAUUCUUUUUCUAUUGGAGGCUGCUCAGGGGAGAGAAUACGGCAAAGAAUCAUCGUGGAUUCUCUAUCGAAGCGGCGGCGACGAAGGCAUUUUAUUUAUUUCUGCUCGAAUGCUCCAAUCGACGCUUUCAGAGCUAGGCGAGCCCUAACACCUGACCUCUCUCGCGCAAAUGCUUCUACUCCUGACUAUUCUAUUCAGGCUCUCACUGUCCCAGUUACCAGUUGACACUAUCGAAGAGGCGCCUGCAUCGAUUGCACAGUUUUCAGCAAAUAUCCUGAGGGAUUUUGAGACUCAGUCAAGGUUUUCACUUGUUCAAGAGGAGUUCGAGAAGCUCAAGCCAGAUAUCAAAUCGAAAAAAGAGGAUGCUGCGGAAAAGUUGCGUGUCGCCACGGAACACCUCGAUCGACUUGUCACCAACAGAGUCGAUGCUCUCAAGAAACUGGCAUCAAGUGCAGAAGCAUCGGCAGCGGUUUUCGACGAGUAUGAUGAUCAGGCGUACGCGGUGCCGCAGGCCGACAAACGAUGUGAAGCGUAUAUGAAGAAGAUGAAUGAGUCGGAUAUGCAUUUUGUGUCGAACAUGGUGGAACACAACUCAAAGUCCGGAAUUCACAUAACCGUCGAGUCGUAUCAGUGUGAUCCAAGGGUCAUGCGAGAUUUCGAUUGGACUGGAACGAAACAUUUGGAGAAGACCAUGUCGGAUAAUAAGGAGAAGGCUCCUGAAAUGGGGCAUCAGUAUAUUGGGACAUAUUCUGGAUUGACUAGAAUGUAUCCAAGACGGCACUGGAAAGUCGAACCAACUCCCAUCACAAUUGAUCUUUUCGAUCCAAGAUUUCGCCCGUGGUUUGUGAAUGCCGAGUCUGUACCGAAGGAUAUUGUAUUCUUAUUGGAUUAUUCCGGAAGUGUAAAAGGACCCACUAUGCAUCUAAUCAAGAUCACAAUGAUGUACAUCCUCUCGACUCUUAGCCCGAAUGAUUACUUUUUCGGUGUCUAUUUCAACAAUCAUUUUAAUCCGAUUAUCAGCUGUGCAAAUCGAACUUUCAUGCCAGCGACAACUAGCAACAAGAAAGUGUUUUUUGAGGAAUUGGGAAUGCUGGAAGAAAAAGAUCAGGCUCAUUUUGCAACACCUCUGAAGUUUUCGCUGGAUGUUUUGAGAGGGAACCUCGACUCUAAUCAAUCCCUGUUUGCUGACUAUCGCUCUGAAGGUCACAAACUUCUUAUCAUAUUCACUGAUGGUGUUGACGAGUGGCCGCAUCAAAUUCUCGACGAAGAAUUCCAAACUAGAAAUAGUGAACUUAUUCGGAUAUUUGGAUUUUCAAUGGGCUACGGUACAAGUCUUCUUCCGCUUCAGCAGUACAUGGCCUGCAAGUCUCAUGGAGGAUAUUCAGAAAUCGAUUCAAUCAUGGACGUUAAGCCGCAGUCUCGCACGAUUCAAAACGUUUUGAGCCAGGUUAGAGGUGACGAGUUGAAGGGAACGAAUGCUGAGAAACGAGAGCCAAGUUGGACACAAUUGUACAUGGAGACUCAGGGAACUGGGCCAAUUGUGACAUUGUCACUUCCGAUUCUGACAAGUGAGCAGAGAAUAUGGAGAGAUCAGAAGUUGGCUGGAGUUGUUGCUAUCGACAUAUCCAUCAAAGAAUUCACAAAGCAUCUCCCAACUUCAAGUGAGCAAAUGUAUGGCUACAUUGUUGAUAAUAAUGGAAUGUUGAUUUAUCACCCACAACUUCAGAUUCCAAAAACCGAAGUUCAUUGUGUCCGUCGGAGUGCUUGCUACGAUGCUCAACAAGUGAAGCAAAAAGCUGGAUCAGGGCUUCGAGUUCAUUAUGGAUUUAGUGAUGAGAGAGUCUAUCGAUUAGUUGGGCUCAUUGAUAGCAUCCCUACGCUAGAUAUGUACGAUCUGGAAGGUGACUCUACUGCCAUUCGGGAUUUGAGAAGAAGAAUCACAACAAAAACGUGCUACGAGGAAGCUAUCAAGGAUAACUCCAAAGAGUAUCACUGUUCUCACAUCAAAGACUCUCCAUUCACUCUUGUGAUCGUCAAUAACAUCCAACUCAAAACUGUCUACUAUGAUGACAGUGUGCAAGAGCUCGGGCUCACCGAUAACAAGCUGGUCACUUUUUUCUAUCCAAGAAGAGAUGUUUGCCAGUGGAAGCUCGACGAGUACGCUGCUCACGACAGAUUUCGGGUUUGGUCGGAUAUAUCGGAGAAGGAAAUAUGUGCACAAGAUGAUAUGAGAUUGCCCAGGGCUUUUACGAAGGGGCUCGGAUCUUGGACGCAGUCAUGGCCCAAGUCUGACAUCGAGCACACAACCUGCUUGCUCGCCCAGUAUCCAGAAAAUGCAUCGGUUCCGCAUUAUGUCAACAGUUUCGUGCAUACUAGAUCAAAGCUCACAGCAUUCUACCCAACUUGCUCAAGCCACGAUAUGAAAGCAGUUAACAAAAAGUUCGACGAGGAGAUCAAGUUGACGGAUAACAAUGAUUUUGUGCAGUUUUCAAUGCGAUCGGAGAGCCUUUUGAUUUAUCGAACUAUUGCGGAUUAUGAUAAUAAUAGGUUGGCAGUAGUAGGAACUCAAUGGAAGGAGAACUUUUUCGAUCAGUACUUUGAUAAUUUCACGCGACAGAAUCCGGAUUGGAAGAUUUGUAGAAAGCAAGAGUGUUCAAUUAUUACUCGAAACGGCCACGUCAUCGCCUCAUCGGCUCAUCGAGCUCCAGCUCAUCUUGCAAAAUUUGAUCCUCAGCUCUUUGAGUCUCUUGUGAAAGUCAAUCUUGUUUCAACCAAUUCCUGGACAGAGGUUCAAUCGGAAUGCAAAGCCAAGCGAGUUGCUCCGUGGAGCAGCGCGGCUCCUGGCUCAUCCAGCAUACUUCGUUACUUUGUUACCUCAAUUUUCAAGCUCGCUAAAACUUCGUUCUGGAGAAAUUUGUUAGAAUCGGCUUUAACAUUGGUUGACGCGCAACCAUCAAUGACCGGAAACACAUGCACAUUUCAAAAAAUCAAACCCUUCGAGAGAUGUUUUAUGAAGUUCUUCCACUAUCGAAUGACCCUCAACAUCACAAAACAACUUCAGUUGACCGGAAUGUCAACGUGUUCAAGAUAUGCCAAGCUGUAUCCCGUGCCACAUACAACCCUCUCACUUAUUAUAGCGGAUCGUGCGUGUAGUCAGUAUAGGCCUAAGCGCAUUUUUGAAUCGGAGCCCAGGAAACUCGAAAAAUGCGAUGUGGUUCACUCUCACGCUCGCCGGAGACCUGAUGCUCUGAAUGAUUGGAAGAUCGACUUACAGAAUAAACACGUGGAUUGCAUCAAUGACGUCAUGCACCAUGCAAAAUCCUAUUUCUCGAUCGUCUUGCUCAUUCUCAUAUCAACUUUUCGGAUAUUCUAGUCACUAGUUCAAUUUUCUAGACUGUGAAAAAUGACGUGUCUUAUAUGGAAUUCACUUUAAAUUCGAUAUGAUCAUAGUGUGUUUAUUAUCAAAACUUAAGAACGGGUGCCAUUUAAUAAAGAAUUUAUUUUAUGA